AUGAUCCCCAGACACAGCAGGCUACACCAGCCAGCUGUUGGAUUAUUGCCACAGCACUAUCUCAUCGGGGAAGGCGUGUCACUCCCCGAAUUACUCAGCGCCCCUUUGUCCUCGGUCGGUGCCCAGCCAGCGACACUCAUGGCGGCUGCACCCGUCAGGCAGCGCUCCGGGCCAGGGGGACCCCGGGCGCAGCUCCCGCCCUGCUACUACGAAGGCUACCUGGAGAAGCGAGGACCGAAAGAAAAGGCGUCCAGACGACUGUGGACCUGCCUGUGUGGGAAUUCUUUGUAUUUCUUCAAUAAUGCCAAGGACAGUCAUUACGUAGAGAGGCUGGACCUCAGUGGGUUUGUGUCCCUGAAGGACGACUGCAGCCGGGACAGAAACCUGGAGGCAGCCAGACUCAUCCUGCGCAUGAAGGAUGGAGAAACCAAACUCACAGCACCUAACUUGGAAUCAAGGGAGCUGUGGAAAGGUUUCCUCUACUCCGUUGUUGAUCUGAAUGUACCAUCCUGUCUCACGUUGCUGCCGGGCCAGCUGCAGAUGCUGAAGGAGGUGGUGGACAAAGAAAGGUCCAGACGGAGAACUCGCACUCCCACGCGUGCUCCUCCCUCGCCUCUCUCCGUGCCUUUAGUAGGAGAAAUCCCAGCGUGUUUUCGACCAGUGUCUCGAACAGAGGCUGAAGUCCUUUUAGAGCGACACCCAGACUGCGGCAACAUGUUGCUCCGUCCAGGUAGAGAUGGGUGCUCGCUGGCUGUCACUACUCGGCAGGACCUCAAUGGGUCUGUGUUCAGACAUUACCGUGUGACCCAGAGGGACCAAGGUGGAUAUGUCAUUGAUGUAGAAAAUCCUAUCCCUUGUGCUACGCUUCACGAGGUCAUCGACGCUCUGGUAGAGAAGACAGCAGGAACUUUACAGCCUUUCCUACUGGAGGAGCCCUACGAAGAGAAUAUCACAUAUGUUUCCGCCAAUGAUGAGAACGGAGAAAGGAUCCUCCACACUGCCCCCUCCAGCCCCCUGCCAAAGGCUCCCGCCCUGCCUCCAAAACAAGAUCGUUGGCCCGGCAGCCCCCUGUCCAGGUCUCCUGCCCCCGACCGUCGCAUCCUGACCUCACCGGUGCCGGCCUCGCCCACCAACCCCAUGAGACGACUCAUCCUCUCCCCUUCACCUCUCGCACAAACACUCAACGAGGAACUCAAAAUGAAGCUGGAGAAGAGACGAGCCAGUCAGGAGUGACUUCAUCAUCAACCAAUAAGCAACCUCCUGUCACAGCAUACUCAAUCUUCAGUGCCAAACCCCUUCUCACCGCAGCUAUGUAUUCAUCCUGUGCCUUCUAGGUGGAAGACAAGGGACUACAAACUCUCAUAGGGAAAUACAAAAUGUUGAGUUUCAUUCUUUUGGUCUUGUUGGACUUAGAUGGUUAAAUGGACUCUGGUUUGCUCCCUAAGAGCGAGACUGGCUGGUAAACACUGGGUCAUAAAACGCUGCCUGCCUUGGUUUGGGUAACAAUCCACUAGUGCUUUUUCCUACUUGCAUAAAGCUGUUUACAAUCUGAGCAAAAGAAUAGUGCCACAGCAAAUGAUUUUCCUUCAGAAUACAGUCCGCUGUGAAUCAAUAUGACUGGCAGCUAAAACUUAUCGGAGAAGCAGUGGCACGUUCAGGACCACCAACUGAGACUGAUGUUUUCCCGUCUAAGCCCCCUGUCUGAGCUGCUGAUGUUACUGCUGCCACACCGGAGACUACGAACAAACAAACCACAGACUGCAAAGAUCAACAGCGGAGCCACAAACUCUGACCUGAGCCCCGAGACACUUUAUCUGCUCUGAAAGUAAAAUAAACCAGGCGCGCUCAGGUUUCAGCAAUUCCCCUCACUCACCUCAUCACAUGUAACAUGACUGAGAAGAACAAAAAAAAAAAAAAGGUACAGUCGGGCUGGCCAGAAAACUGAAAACUGCACAAUCUCUGCCUGCUGCUCAUGAGUGCUCUUUGUGAUUGAUAAGCAACCAUUGAUGUAUUGUUGAUUCAGUGACACUGUUGUCAACUUUAACUGUACUGUUGGUGCUUAUUUUAAAGUGUUUCCUUAUUCUCUGCUACUGUGUACGUGCUACUGUUUGGUGCUAUGACUCACCAGCACUCAGACCUGCCUGGAAAGCCCAGGUGAUUUCUGUUCCUCUUAAAAGAAAAAAAAGGUAAAUCUACUGUAUUCAUGUGUGAGAGUGCCCUCUAGUGGAAUGGCUGUCAGCUAAGGUACAAAACUGACUGAACCUGGCAAAGACUUUUGGCUUUAUCACAGUAUUACACCACGCCCUACCUCUCUACAUUUAAUGACAAAAUUUUAAUUUACGACAGGUGUGAAGGUGCUUAAAGAAAAGCAACAAGUAUUUCUACAGUGACAUUUCUGCCAAUUGGCCAGUAGAUUUGACGUGUCUCUAGUGGCAAACUGUGACUCAAAGUGUCCUCUUACAAUGAACAGUUUCUUGUAUGUUUGUACAUGAUGUGUUGUGUCUACUUGAUCACUAUCAAAGAAUAGUGUUUGUUAGAUAUCAAGGGCAUUAAAUGGUUUUGCAUGGA